GGAGACAGACAGGUGAGGGGGGAAGACGAGGGCACAGGGAGAGCAGAGCAGGAACCGUGACAGAUAUGCAGCCUGUGACACGGCUUUGAAAGUUGUUUAGUCAUUAUUUGAUCGUCCAAAAGCAGUGUGGCCAAUAGGAUUUGUCACUGAGGACUUGAGCUUCUGCACAGCCAUAUGUCCCUUCACAAGACGUUAGACCAACAGUUGACCGGAGGACAAGAAGCCACUCACAGAGAUGGGUGGAGUUACCACUUGGCAAAAACUCCAGGUGUUAUAUCAAGGGAUUCUAGAAAAUGGAGACAAGAGGACAGACAAAUGGCUGCUGGUCUACUCUCCAGUGCCCAUUGCCUGUAUAUUCCUUGGAUAUUUGAUAAUUUUAUGGUUAGGGCCGAAGCUGAUGGCAAAUAGGAGCCCAGUGAACCUCAAACCGGUGCUGCUAGUUUACAAUUUUUCCAUGGUGUGCCUCUCAGCUUACAUGUGCUAUGAGUUCACUGCCUCGUCCUGGUUGGCCAAAUACAGUCUGCUGUGCCAGCCUGUGGACUACAGUGACAGCCCACUGGCUAUGAGGAUGGCCCGAGUGUACUGGUGGUUCUUCUUCUCCAAAGUGAUAGAGCUUUGUGAUACUAUGUUUUUCAUUUUGAGGAAAAAGAAUAAUCAGCUGACCUUCCUCCAUGUUUAUCAUCAUGCCACAAUGAUUUUCAACUGUUGGGUUGGAAUUAAAUAUGUAGCUGGAGGACAAAAUUUCUUCAUUGGCCUGGUGAACUCUGUGGUCCACGUUGUGAUGUAUUUGUACUACGGGUUGGCAGCUUUGGGACCAGGCAUGACCAGAUAUCUUUGGUGGAAACGCUACCUCACCUUUCUGCAGCUGUUUCAGUUUUUCCUUGUAACGGGCCACUGCACGUACAACCUGUUUGCGGACUGUGACUACCCAGACUCCAUCAACGCCAUGCAAGUGGUCUAUGCCCUUAGCUUGACCGCUCUGUUUUGCAACUUCUUCUACCAGAGCUACCUCAGCAACAAAAAGACUGAAAAAACAUCCUAGCAGUAGAAAUGCUUGUGCUAUAUGUAGAGAUACAGUAUUAUGUUACAUAAUCCUUAUUUAUUGCAAAUUAAAUAAUAAUAAUAAAAUAUUCAAGUC